AUGGGUGCCUAUUCGAAAGCACUUGAAUUUUACGAAAAAGCACAUAAAAUCCUCGAAAAAGCUCUGCCUCCGAAUCAUCCUCAUUUGGCUGCGUCAUACAACAACAUUGGUGCAGUGUGUAAAGACAUGGGUAACUACUCGAAAGCACUUGAAUUUUACGAAAAAGCACAUCAAAUCAAAGAAAAAGCUCUGCCUCCGAAUCAUCCUGAUUUGGCUAUGUCAUACAACAACGUCGGUGCAGUGUAUACCAACCUGGGUGCCUAUUCGAAAGCACUUGAAUUUCUCAAAAAAGCACAUAAAAUCAAAGAAAAGGCUCUGCCUCCGAAUCAUCCUGAUUUGGCUAUGUCACACAACAACAUCGGUGCACUGUAUCAAGACAUGGGUGACUACUCGAAAGCACUUGAAUUUUACGAAAAAGCACAUCAAAUCAAAGAAAAAGCUCUGCCUUCGAAUCAUCCUGAUUUGGCUAUAUCAUACAACAACAUCGGUCUAGCAUAUAACAACAUGGGUGACUACUCGAAAGCAUGUGAAUUUUACGAAAAAUCGCAUAAAAUCAAAGAAAAAGCUCUGCCUUCGAAUCAUUCUUCAUUGGCUACUUCAUACAACAACAUCGGUCUAGCAUAUUACAACACGGGUGACUACGCGAAAGCACUGGAAUUUUACGAAAAAUCGCAUAAAAUCUUCAAAAAAGCUCUGCCUCCGAAUCAUCCUCAUUUGGCUACUUCAUACAGCAACAUCAGUGAAGUGUAUAGAAAGAUGGGUGACUACUCGAAAGCAUGUGAAUUUUUCGCAAAAGCACUAAAAAUCAGAGAAAAAGCUCUGCCUCCGAAUCAUCCUUCAUUGGCUACUUCAUACAACAACAUCGGUGCAGUGUAUAACAACCUGGGUGCCUAUUCGAAAGCACUUGAAUUUUACGAAAAAGCACAUCAAGUCUUCGAAAAAGCUCUGCCUCCGAAUCAUCCUCAUUUGGCUGCGUCAUACAACAACAUUGGUGCAGUGUGUAAUGACAUGGGUGACUACUCGAAAGCACUUGAAUUUUACGAAAAAGCACAUCAAAUCAAAGAAAAAGCUCUGCCUCCGAAUCAUCCUGAUUUGGCUUUGUCAUACAACAACAUCAGCUCGGUAUAUUAUGACAUGGGUGACUACUCAAAAGCACUUGCAGCUUUAAAAAGAUCACAUAAAAUCUUCCAGGUAACAUUUCCUCCGAACCAUGUAAAUUUGGCAUUGCCAUAUAACUGGUAUGGAAAGAUUUAUCGCAGUAUGAAGGAUUACUCAAAGUCACUUGAGAACUUCGAAAGGUGCCUUUCAAUAGAUCUAAAGGCAUUGCCCGAAGGACAUCCAGAGCAGGCUAUUGAUUACAGUAAUAUAGGUGAUGUUCAUCGAUUAAUGGGUAAUUAUGAAAAAGCACUUACAUUUCAUCGAAAGGCAUUAAGUAUUCAAGAAAAUGUUAAAUGUAACCCUCUGGAAUGUGCAACAACGUAUGUAAAUUUAGGUGAAACUUAUCGAGAAAUGAAAGAUUAUUCAACAACUUUUACAUAUUAUCAGAAAGGAUUAGAAAUACGUGAAAAAAAAUUACCAAAAGAUCAUCCUGAUUUAGCUGUUGUAUAUCACAAUAUGGCGAAAUUAUAUCUUGCUACCCGACAAUAUAGCAUGGCAAUGAAAAAUAUUCAACAAGCAAUAGAAAUUGCUCAACAAAAAUUGCCUUCAACUCAUCCUCGUCUUUUGGAAUAUAAAGAAACAUUUGAAAAAAUUCGAAAGGAAAUGUAA